AUGGAAGGGAACAAGUUGAAGCUAGAUGUUGUAGCUUACAAUAUUAUCAUUGAAGCUUUGUUCAAUGCUGGGAAAAUUGAAUCUGCAAUAGACGUCUUCUCUGGUUUGUCAUCGAAAGGAGUACAGCCUGAUGUAUGGACAUACAAUAUAAUGAUCAGGGGACUUUGCAAAGGAGGCCUCUUAGUUGAAGCAGAAAAGUUGUUUAGAGAAAUGGAACAAAAAGGCUGUUCUCCGAACGGUUGUACGUAUAACACAAUUAUCCGAGGUUAUAUCAAUAACAACGACACAUCGAGGGCUACAAGUCUUAUUGAAGAAAUGAGUGAGAGGGGUUUCUCUAGAGAUGCAUCUACUAUGGAAUUGAUUGUUGAUUUGUUGUCGAAGGAUACAGUGGAUCCUGUAUUGUUAGCAUGGCUUAAGGAUAAAGUGUGA